CUGCUUUCUUUGCUGGAAGGUUCUAAACUGGAACCAACUUCCAAAAUUGCCAACGAACAAGCCUUCAUCAGAAAACUACUUGAGCCCCUGCUUGAGGCCGCCGAGGCAAACCUAGCUUUCGAAGCUGCUGAAAUUCAAGCCUCUUCGCGCAGUCUCAGAUCCAACUCAGUUGUAGGUUCUUCUGUGUCCUCCGCUUCCAGUGUACUUUCCACUGGCCUUUUGGAACGACAAGGCAGUGAUGCCCAGGCGCUCAUUCGAUCAGCUAAACUUGGCCUCAUCGCUCAGCGCGAAAAACUUGUUGCUUCUAUCCGAAGUGAGAUUCUAACCGGAUGGAUUUCUCGUGAUCAUGCAAAGCAGCACUCAGCCAAACAGACACAGUCCCUAAAACCUCAAAGGAGCAGACAUGAGGCGUUUGAGAACCAAAAGUCUAGUGGAAGACGGUCACAUCGACAAAAUAUUCCGCGAGAAGUCUCAAAAUCCCCUGCAAUGAAGCAAGCUCAUAAUCGGAGUUAG